AUGGCUUUAAAGGAAGCCAUGCAUUCGGCAAUAGCAGCAACAAAGAAACAGAUAUCAGUGAACUCUACACACACACACAGAGAUAGAGAGAGAAUGGCGAACGAAGCAGAAGCCAUGUUACGAGGCCAAACAAAAAUAUGGCAAUGCAUAUAUCAUUUUGUGGACUCAAUUGCUUUGAAGUGUGCUUUGGAUCUUGGUGUAGCAUACAUCAACCAAGCACGCGGCUGCCCUAUCACCUUAUCCCAAAUCGCCAACGACGUUGCCUCCUCACCAUGGCUAGACUUCGCUCACCUCUCCCGCCUCAUGAGGUUCUUAGUCCACAAAAAACUCUUCGACGCCACAAAUCCCCAAUCAGAUUCGGAUUCAGAAGAAGAGACUCUCUACAACUUCAACCACUGCUCUAAAUGGCUUUUACGCAACCCACAACAACUAACCCUGGCACCUUUGCUUUGCCUAUUAUCUAUACAAGAGGGUGGUAAUGCAUUCCACAUGGCCCAUGAGGGUGAGUUGUGGGACUUUGCAUCGAUCGAUCCUGAGCUCAACAAGGUCUUUAAUGAUGGCAUGGAAUGUACUGCUAAGAUCACGAUCAAGGCUUUGAUAUCCGAAUAUAAACAUGGGUUUGAUUACAUUGGAUCUCUAGUUGAUGUUGCUGGUGGCAUUGGGGCUUCCAUUGUUGAGAUUGUGAAAGCAUACGCGCAUAUCAAAGGGACCAACUUUGAUUUGCCACAAGUUGUUGCCACUGCACCACCAUAG